AUGGACCGCCCAGUUUGUUCUAGCCCAGCCCAGCGCCAAGCCACUCAAGUCCUCUGGACGAAGCGUUGCGUGUCAGCUCAAAUUUUGGGCCGUCCUGGAGCGAAGGGACACCCUGUGACUUGUCUGGAAGCGGUCUAUGCAACCGCCCAUGUCACUGAGAUGAGUGCGCCAUCCAGAACUGACGCCAGCGUGCCAUGGCUGGAGGGACGGCUGCAUGCCUACAAGAGCGCGAACACUCCUCCCAGAUCCGUCCUGUCUUCUGCUCCCACCUUGAUCUGCAAUACCUAA